GCGCUCCAGAGCACAGCCACUGACUGCUGCUGUCUCGCGGCUUUUGGAGAUCUUGCACGCGCGCUGUACGGAUGCUGAAGCUUUGGCGCUGCUGUGAAAGCGACACGGAACCGACAUGUCCAACCCUCCUCACGACCCGUUCUACUCGUCCCCGUUCGGACCCUUCUACCGGAGACAUUCGCCGUACAUGGUGCAACCCGAGUACAGAAUCUAUGAGAUGAACAAGAGACUCCAGUCCCGGACAGAGGAGAGCGACAGUCUGUGGUGGGAUGCGUUUGCUACAGAGUUUUUCGAGGAGGACGCCACAUUGACCCUCUCCUUCUGCCUGGAGGAUGGACCGAAAAGAUACACGAUCGGACGGACCCUCAUCCCCCGUUACUUCAGCACGGUGUUCGAGGGAGGCGUGUCGGACCUCUACUAUAUCCUGAAACAUUCCAAAGAGUCUUUUCACAACUCCUGCAUCACCGUGGACUGCGACCAAUGCACCAUGGUCACGCAGCACGGCAAGCCCAUGUUCACCAAGGUGUGUACAGAGGGGCGAUUGAUUGUGGAGUUCGCCUUUGACGAUCUGAUGAGGAUUAAGACGUGGCACUUCAACAUCAGACAGUAUCGAGAACUUAUCCCACGAAGCAUUCUCGCCAUGCACGCACAAGACCCUCAAGUCCUGGAACAGCUUUCAAAGAACAUCACCCGUAUGGGAUUGACCAACUUCACUCUUAACUACCUCAGGUUGUGUGUCAUCCUGGAACCAAUGCAAGAGUUAAUGUCUCGACACAAGACGUACAACCUCAGCCCGAGAGACUGUUUGAAGACAUGUUUGUUCCAGAAGUGGCAAAGAAUGGUGGCUCCUCCAGCUGGACAUCCACAGAACUUCAAAACGGAAAUCUUCCCCUCAAAUCACAAAAAAGAGCCCACUCGACAGACCACGACCAAGAGAAGAAAAAGAAAGAACUCGGCCAGCAGUGCGUCUAACAGUAGCCUAGGCAACAGUGCUGGCGGCAAGAAACGCAGCCCUGCCAACAACUUCAGUCUGACCAGCCAGGUACCUGAUGUGAUGGUAGUAGGCGAGCCCACUCUGAUGGGCGGAGAGUUCGGCGAUGAGGACGAGCGCCUUAUCACACGGCUAGAAAACACACAAUACGACGCCACCAACGGUCUCGACGAUGACGACGACUUCACGAGCUCGCCUGCGCUCGGAAACAACAGCCCCUGGAACAGCAAGCCGCCCACAGGGCAGGACAGCAAGCCAGAGAGCACGGCCUCUCAGCCAUCUCAGUAGGAGACAACAGAAGCGAUGCUCCGUUAUUCCACCAGGGCGGCGCUUUCUCUAUCUGACCUCACUUUUUACCCCCGAUGAUGUUAAAACCCAUUUCAUGGUCAGAAACUGACGAUUCUGCUUCAUAUUCUGGGUGAACUGACCAAAUUUUUGGCCGCAAUAUUUGCCCACUGGAUUCUUUUGAUCAUCUAGUUAGGAUGAAAUGUGACUCUUGGAUGAACCUGACUUUAGUAAGGCUGAAUUUACUGAGAGCUGAAUCUGGGACAACUUUAGCCCAGUAAUCGAUGUUAAAGCUACCGUCUGUCUCGCAGCUCAGCACACAUCUGCAUAGUGACUCCCGUUGGUAACCACAGCCAAUCGCUGAAGAGAUGGUCAUGCUCAUUGUCUUCUCGCUGGAGACCGGAACAAGGCAUCCACUGAGACCAAUCUCUGAACAUUUGCAUUUUUAUUGGAAAUUCGUUUGGCUAUUGUCUUUUUUUCCUCUGCUUUCAAUUAAAAGCGACCCACCAUGAGUUCCUUCAACACAACAGACUGUAUUAUCAAGGAUCUGCAUAAAAGAAAAAUCAUUGAGCGUUGCCAUUUACAUAUUGUACUUUUAUCCAAGUAUUCAUGUUUUAUUUCAAGACAAUCUGUUUUUUUAUUAAUUUGUGGUUAGUCUGUGUUCUUGUACUGUACCACAGAGAUUAGUAGUUGAAAGGCACAUACUGUACGACAAGAAUAUUUGUCCAAAUCUUUUUUUGCCUCUCUCUCUAAUGACUUAUUUUCAUACUGGAAUAUAAUGUUUCUGCAUGACAUUUUGAAAUCGCUAAAAUGUUAAUCAGGGUUAUAUGACUUAAGGGAAAAAAAGCAGUCUAUCUGAUGUUAUUUACAUUUUUAGAAUUCGAUUUAAGCUGCACAUGUUUUGAUCGACCUGUGGUUUGACAUGUUUUUAUUUCCCCCAAGAUAAUGGAUUUCAUACUCAGGAAUUAACAUCAUAUGAGAUAAUGGAUAACAGAAGAAUCAAACCACUUAUAUUGCUUUUUUUUUACUUGUUUUAGUUUAAAUAACAUUCAUUAUUUCUAGCUUCAUGCUGCAUUUAACAUACAUGAAAAUGGUCUUUUUAAAUAUGAUUAAGUGAAACAAUGCUCAUGUUAUGUGGUCAGCCAGUUUCAUUACCAUUUUUUCGAAAAUCCCUCUUGUUUUUAAAUCAGGAACCUGCUUUGGACUGGCAUUAAGUCCCUUUAAAAGUUUCAUUGUGCUUUAUGGAGAGGAGGAUUGUGAUGAUGCUUUUGACAAACAGCCAAAUAUGUUUUUUAAUUGAUCCAUGUCUUCAUGUUUCUGUAUUUCAUCAUAACAAAAUAUGAGUCUUGAGAUAUUUCCAAAAUCGACUAUGUGAGCUAAAUGAAGAGAGACACAAUCUCAGCCACCCGCUGUAUGAACCUUGUAUUAUUGGAACUCUGCGCAUUUUGUAAUAUAUUUAGCAGAGGUGUUCUUUUGUGCCAUAUCCAAAGUCUUGUAUGUUUGCUUUGCCAUUUUGUGUGCCAAUAAAUUGUGCUUA